UUAGGCAAUAGAAAAGUUCCGAUCACGAAUGUUCUUCCCCGCCAAAAACACUCUUAAUCCCAGAUUUGCCCUUUUUCUCCAGUCUGACCUUGGUCACCCUCCAGCUUGGUUCUCACUUCUUUUCGACAACCAAAGUCGAUCAUUUUCUCAGCUCUGGCCAGUAAAGCAUCGGGUAUUGCAUUUCAAGUCCCACCCGUUGCCCGGUCCCGUGCCCAUCUGUCCUGGUGAGCUGACUUGGGGCGUGUCCAAGCGUCACCUACCGUGGGAUUGAUCCGAUUGGUGCCUGGGGAGGCGUGGAUGGCCGGUGGAUUGACUUCAUCCCGGAUUUUCAUUUUAAGACCUGGUCUUCGUCCGUGGCCUCAUCAUCCUUAAUCCGGCUCAUUUUCCCUUUGGGGGAGGGGGGCGUGUGCCCGAUCGUCAGUUAGCCAUGGGCUCACUGAGUGACCUCCAGCAAUCGCGCGGCGUAAGUGGAGCGGGCGCGGACGGAAUGUCCAAUAGUGGCCUCCCGCGGUACAUGAGUCGCGGCGAUCCCAACCGCUUUCCGCCCACCUCGGCGUCGAUUUCGCCCUCAUCGGGUUCGUCGGCCUUCGCCAUGAAUCUCCUUUCCGGACCCGGCGCGCCCGGCAUGCCCGCUUCAAGCCGUCACGGUCAACCUCUAUUCAACCGGGAUGUACGAGGCAAAUUAGGUGAUUCUUUAUUGGGCCCUAAUGCCUUUGAUCCCAGUGAAUUCCCUUCUUUGGGCCAGAACGCGGGUCCCAAUCCAUCAGUCUCAGGACGAUCUACUAAUUAUGUUGGGAUUAUGAAACAGCCAGCCAUGGAGGCCAGUGAGUUCACAAUGUCCCACGAGGACUUUCCCGCCCUGCCUGGCGCCUCUCAACAACAAAGAGGAGCCCCGGGUGACCCUGCGGGCGGACCCGGGGGCCUUUCUUCGGGCGGAGCCGGGGGAGGUGUCGAGCAUCACCUGCAUCACUCUCAUCACCAUCCGGAUAAUUCCAUGUUCAACACCUCGGGUUUGGGAGGCGUGAGUAAUAUGGUCUCGCAGAUGGUUGUGCCAUCAGGAAUCCUCCAACAACAACAACAACAGCAACAGCAGCAAGCCGGUUUGUUGGGCAAUAGCAAUCCGCCGGGAUUGGAUGCUCUGCAACAACAGCAACUUCGGAAAGGCAUUCAAACAUCGCCAGAUGGUUCGGUAAAGAACAUCCCUUCGUCUAUGGUGACGGAUCAAUUCGGCAUGAUCGGCCUUCUGACCUUCAUCCGAGCUGCAGAAACCGACCCGAACUUGGUCUCCUUGGCUCUGGGAGCCGAUCUGACCACCCUGGGACUCAACCUGAACUCGGAGGUUAACCUCCAUCCCACGUUCGGAGGACCUUGGGCGGACACGCCUUGUCGACCUCAAGAUAUCGACUAUCAUGUCCCACACGAGUAUCUAACCAACCAAUCCAUACGUGAGAAGCUCGCACCUGUCAAGUUAAAUCGGUACAAGGAUGACGUCCUUUUUUACAUGUUUUACACCAAUGUGGGCGAUGUUCUCCAAUUGGCAGCAGCAGCCGAACUGUACAACCGAGAUUGGAGGUACCAUAGGGACGAUCGGGUUUGGAUCACGCGGGCACCAGGAAUGGGGCCCACGGAAAAGACCCAAACCUAUGAACGUGGUACUUACUACUUCUUCGAUGUGACUUCUUGGAGGAAAGCCCCCAAAGAGUUCCAUUUGGAUUAUGACAAACUGGAAGACCGGCCAGCGUUGCCCGCAUCCAUGGGCGGGUCCCAGCCCUCGGGCCCGAAUUCAGUGGGCAUGCCCGCCGACGCACUUCCUUCCGGGAGACCCAGUUCGAGUCCCAAUCCUGGCGGACCGCCCCCUGGAGGCGUGAGUGGUCCAGGUGGAGGAGGUGGGGGUCAGAUGUAGCCACGGUCCAGUUCUAAUGGCCCGUUGACGGCUCUCUUCUCAGAUAUUCACCCUGCUUACGACACGACAUGACACAAGACUAGGCUUAGAUCGAAUCCAUUGUACGAUUACUGACUCUCGGGCAAGUGCUACUUUCCGAAUUCCGAUCGACUGCUCCAUCCAUUCUUGCGUUCAUUCAUUCAUUCAUCCAUGUAUUCACCAUCAAACAAUCAAUCCACCAGCAUGUUGUUUUGUCCUCGUGCUUUGACGGUCCUCACUAAACAAACGAAUUUGGAUAAAGACAAAUACACUCUCGGUAUCCUACUCGGAAA